AUCAGUCAUCCCCUUAAUUUGAGUUAACAUUUAUUGGCUAGAUAUGUAUUUAAAAUGCGGCAUAAGUUGUGUGAGAUGGGUGGUAUUCUUUGGAUUUUUCAUACCAACAUUUGAACUCAAGCUGUGCAAUGGUGAAUGUGGUAACAUGACAGUGGUCACAGGACUCUUGGACUCCACCGUGAUGCUCCCAUGCAGUUUUGACAACAGCACGAUAAACCCUGUGCUGUGGAGUAAAAAAGACGAGGACAGCAUCAUCCGCAUCAGCGGCUUAAACAGAGUCGAUUUCCUGAACAAUAAGAUGGGCAGAGUGAUUGUGUUCCCAAAUUUGUCGCAGAGAGGAAAUUUUUCACUCCGCAUUGACCGGUUCCAGGCUCCAGAUGUGGGUGUGUAUUGCUGUGAGCGGGGAAACCAGUGCAGGGGAGUGGAGGUCAAGCAGGGGCAGCGGAAUACUGCAAAGCCCAUUGAGACGGAAAAGACAGUGAAAGAUCUUCCUAUUGGAAUCUACAUCAUUAUUGCAGCAACUGUUAUCUUGAUUGCUCUUAUCCUUGCAUGUGGCUACAUGCUUAAAAACAAAUGGAUUUGUGUUAAUAGAGUUGAAUACAAUAUCAAUCACACCGAUAAUAAAGUCAACACCACAGCCAGCACCCAGCCCAGCGCCCCAUCUCAUCCUCAUGAGCAGCAAGUCACUCCAAACAACACCCCUCAGGACAGAGGAGACUCUAAUGAAAACAGUCUGCGUGAGCUCACUUGGAGUGAGCUCCCCCCUGCUAAGCAGAACAAAAACAAACCUCACCAGGUGGUUGGUGAUGUCAUCAUUCCCCAUCGAGGUUUCUCAUAUUUUAACAAUGAUAUGCAGAGAGGAGGAAUCAUGGGUAAUGGGUUGAUUCUACAGCAUAGACAACCAAUAACCAAAAUAAACUUUGAAUUAAUAUUUUGUUAUUUUCUCUUUUGUCUUGCAGUUCACAGACCAGACAGUGUUGUGUAUGAAAAUAAUGAACAUGAUCCUGAACAUCAGCGAGUGGAAACAUCUCUUAAGACUAAUUUUGAAAGAGAUAUCCGCAGUUCACCUCGGAAUCGGAUUUCACAUGUUGCCCAACCAAACUAUGCAAACCAGUCAGAAAUUAAUAAAGCUGAUAAAUCAGUCAAAGAGGCUCAGAAAAUAGGCAGAACAUUUCCCUCCCAUUCUUUUUUAACAGGAUCUGAGAUUCGAAAUCCCAUCUAUGGCAACAGUACUGAGUGUCUGAUGCAGGAUGAGUGACAUCUAUCUUGUUCUUUUCCCAAAAUGUAACAAUG